AUGUCCACGAGAGGACCCCAGAUCGCCCCUCGCACGUCCAUGGCGCCUUCGCCUUCAGCAGCGUCUAACAUGUCCAUGAACGCUUCUUCGCCAGAAUCAGCCUCUCCAGGCUCCUCCAUAGCGCCAGCUCCUAACCUGGUUACAUCUAUAGUCACUUCCAGAGAAUGGGUGCUUCCUCCUCGGCCCAAGCCGGGUCGCAAGCCUAGUGUUGAUACGCCAGCACUGAAGAGAAAGGCUCAGAAUAGAGCUGCCCAAAGAGCCUUUAGAGAAAGAAGAGCCACGCGAGUGCAAGAGCUCGAGCAGAAGUUGCUAGAGGUCGAGAAGGAGAAGGAGGUGAAGGAAAUGGGGCUUGUCAACACCAUCAACAAGUUGAAGUUUGAGAACCAGUUCCUUAUUAAGAGCAUCGAGCAGCUUAAGCUGGAGUUCUCUUCCUUACGGUCCUCUGUUGCUGGCUCCCCAGCUUCUCCUCAUCAUUCUCAAAGCAACGGACCUUCUCCUAAACCAUAUGGCCACCACCAGUCCCAGAACCAGUAUCACAUGUCUCAAGGCUCUUCGGUCCCUAGACAACAACAGUCGGCCUACCACCGUGGUUCCCAGAGCUCCCAGAGCUCUCAGGGCUCGCUGGCGAUGCUCCAUGCUAAUCCUAAUGCCCAGUCGAGGCCUUCUGCUUAUAAUCUUGAUGUCAACCAGAGCGCACAGCAUUUACUUAACUUUGCCAAAUCGCUGCCUGCCAACCACUCUACGGGCUCGCCAGCCUCUCUGCUGUACUCUGUGCAACAGAUACUGCCCGCUCCUAGCGCUGACUCUCCACCAACAGCCCUGUUGUUCCGCCAUGUGCCUUCUAACAAGUCCACGCUCAUUAGUCCUACGUCCCAAAACGCUACGCCCAACAAAGAGGGUAAAUCUAGCAACCACCAUAAUACCACCGACGACGUUGACUGUGGCGUGUGCAUGAAGGACCUGUGCCUCUGUGAGGACAUUGGAAUCAAGGAGAAGCCUGUUGUGGAAGAAGAAUUUAAUUCAUUUACUCCUAUGGCAGCUGUGCUGCUUAAGGGCAGUAAGAAGAGAUCUCGCGGUAACAGCUCGCUGCUUUCCAACAGCAGUACUGGCAAAGAGAUCGACUUCACUGCUGAAUUUGCCGUUAAGAAAAUGCCUGAUUUGAAGCGUUUAAAGAAAUCGCCUGAUGCUGACAAGAAGGUGACCAUCAAGAAGGAACAAGAAACUUUCCUUCCAAGCAAUCCUGCCUUCAAUGAAGAAUCUCCAGUCGAGAACUGUGGUUUCUGUUCGGACGACACUCCUUGCGUUUGCAGAGAAGCAGCCAAGGAAGCAGCUCGAAUUAACGAAUCGUUAACACAGAAACAGGACGAGCCUGAGCAGACUGAAGAGGCCUCUACAUCGCUUCCGCCUCUUCUUAAUUCAUCUGCCAUGCGUAAAGCCUCCUUGCCUGUGAUGCACCCUGGUCCAACUCUCGAAAUCCGUGAGUUCACUAACUUGACUCCAGGUGCUGUGCCUACUGUCGUCGCUAAGGAAGAUAAGCAAGAAGAAGAGGAGCCAGAAUCGAAGUCUGGAUGUACCGGUAACCCUGGUACUUGUGCACAGUGUCAAACUGACCCAAUGUCGACUCUCUUCUGUACUACUGUUGCCAGCAGAGCUGCCACCACUUCAAAAGAACCAAGUGUUGCUCCUGAACAAACGCGACCAACGCUAAACAGACUGGGCCCAGAGAAGAAGCUACCCAUCGAGGCCAGUCCCUCCAAGAGCUCAGAUCCUCUCGAAGACAGCAAAGCCUUGGAGGCUGCUGAUUCUCAAAACAGCUCUAACAGCUCUCGUCCUAACAGCUUUGCUCCACAGACCACUCCAUCCACGCCACUUCCGACCACGCCUGGUGGAUCCACCACCGGUAUAUUUAUUCCUUGUGCUGACGCGUAUAAGACGCUUUCUCGUCACAAGCGCUUCAACAGUGUUGACUUUACUUCGCUUGUGGGUAAGCUUACGACGCGAGGAAUGCAAGUGGAGGUUCAGUCUGUGGCCAACGUGAUCAGAGAACUCGACAGGAAGGUCUACGAUUAG